UCGGAGGAACAAUCGAUCAUUGCUCGAGAUCUCGUUUCAUGAUCAAAAUUUCGUGCACGGACUACCCUUUCAAUCGGAGGAACAAUGGUCAAAAUCUAAGUAGCGUAAGGAAUUCGCUAAGAAAGGUCAACUGUGGAGUUGAUCUUGCCCCAUUUAUUUUAUGUUUUAUAUAUAUAGAUAAACUUUCUCUUCUGAUUCCCAAGCAAAGCAAAGCAAAGCAAGAUGGAUUGUACUCACAAGUUCAGGCCUUCCUUCGACUGUCUGUCUCUGUUCAUUAUCUUCCACUUUGGUCCUGCAACAGGCGCUUUGACUUUCUUCCAGAACUACUGCCCAACCGAUGCAAACUACACAGCAAGGAGUGCAUUCCAAGCCAACCUCAAUGUCCUCCUCCUCUCCCUCUCCUCCUCCACAGCCGCCGCCGCCGGAUUCUACAACAACACGGUGGGUCGAUCCCCAAACCAAGUCUACGGCCUCUCGCUGUGCCGAGGAGACGCCCUCCCCAGCAGCUGCCAGAUCUGCCUCAAUGCCGCCUCCAACAACAUCACUCAGAACUGCCCCGGCGGCCAGAGCGCCACCAUAUGGUACAACCGCUGCAUGCUCCGCUACUCCAGCACCAACUUCUUCUCUUACUAUAGCACCACCCAAAACUUCUACCAACUGGAUCCCAGCAACGAGACCGACCCGCAAGUCUUCAACGAGCAUUUAGGAAACCUGAUGAACAGCCUAGCUAAUGCGGCGCGUGCCUCGACCAGACUGUUCGCAGCAGGGAACAUGAGCUUCACCAGCUUCACAAACAUUUACGGAUUGGUGCAGUGUACGAGGGAUCUGCCGGCGGACGAAUGCUACAAUUGUCUUCUCAAUGGGAUCGCGGACAUACCGAACAUGUGCCACGAGAGACUGGGAUGCAAGGUGUUAGGACAGAGCUGCUACGUUCGAUAUGAAACGUUUCCUUUCUUUAACGUUUCUGCUCCGGGGGUUAUCUCUUUGCCUGCGGAGGUUACCAAUUCGACCACAGCUAACGAAGGAGAAAGUAACAACACUAGAAGAAACAAUGGAAGAGUAAAUUUAUAUAUCAUCAUCCUAAUUGCCGCAGCACUACCACUCCUUUGUGCCAUUUCUUUUUUCUGUGGAAGAACAAAAGCAGCAUUACCAAGAUGGAAGCCACUCUGUCUACUAAUAUUCAAUAACAGAAAUCAACAUGAAGUAAGAGGUGCAGAAUCUUCAUUGUUUGAUCUGGAGAGUAUUAGGAUUGCUACUGACAACUUCUCUGAUGCAAACAAGCUAGGAGAAGGUGGAUUUGGACCAGUGUAUAAGGGGAGUCUGGAGAAUGGAGAACAGAUAGCAGUGAAAAGGCUUUCGAGAAGCUCAGGGCAGGGACUGGUUGAGUUGAAAAAUGAAGUGCUUCUGGUCGCCAAACUUCAACACAGAAACCUCGUCAAGCUGUUAGGUUGUUGCUUAGAAUCGGAGGAGAAAAUACUGGUUUACGAGUAUCUUCCUAAUACAAGUCUUGACAAGUUUUUGUUUGAUCCUCUGAGGAGAAUGCAAUUGGACUUAGCAACGCGAUUUAAGAUCAUUGAGGGGGUUGGACGAGGGCUUCUUUAUCUUCACGAAGAUUCUAGAUUGAAGAUCAUUCAUCGGGAUCUAAAAGCAAGUAACAUCCUGUUAGACGCAGAUAUGAACCCUAAAAUUUCAGAUUUUGGUCUUGCCAAAAUUUUCGGUGGAGAUGAGACACAAGGAAACACUAGUAGAAUUGCUGGGACAUAUGGAUACAUGGCACCAGAAUAUGCACUUCAAGGGAUCUUCUCAAUUAAAUCAGAUGUGUUUAGCUAUGGCGUGUUGAUCUUAGAAAUUUUAACUAGUCAUAAGAAUAGUGGUUACCAAGGAUUAUCUUCAGAGUAUUCCAUUGAUCUUCUUACUUAUGUUUGGCGCCAUUGGACUCAAGGAAAUGCUUUACAAGUGAUCGAUCAAAGUCUUGUCCAUCAAUGUCAUGUACAAGAAGUUCUAAGAUGCAUGCAUAUCGGACUAUUGUGCGUGCAAGAAGACCCAAAUAAAAGACCUACCAUGGCCAAUGUUCUUCUUAUGCUCAACAGUCACUCCGUUAGUCUUCCUACAUCUUCAGCUCCAGCAUUUGCCAAUCACCAUGGCGCAACCAACCAAUCGAAUGUUGUUUUACAAAGGAUGGAGAUCUCAGUCACAGCUAAAUUUUCUAAAAAUGAUGUUACAGUCUCUGAAUUGAAGCCUAGAUAAAAGUCACACUUGGCAUUUUCUGUUUGCUUGAGAAAAAAUGGUAUUCCUGUCUACAUUAGUUACUAAACUGUAGAUGGCAAGGAGAAGCUUGAUUAAGAUAUUGUUUCA